AAUCGAGAAAUAAUCAAGUUCACACCUUAUAUUGUACUGAAAAGUAUUUUUCGUUUGAAUAUUUGUGUGCCGCAUUUCUGUCCGGCAUUCUACGCGAACAUUCCGCCUCACUAUCAGGACCUCAGCCAAGCAAGAUGGCUGCGUCCAACCGAAUCGCCGGGGAGUUUGAAAAUUGGCUGAACGAUCGGCUAGACUCGCUGGAAGUUGACCGAGAAGUUUAUGGAUUUUACAUACUCGGAGUGCUUCAGGAAGAGGAGAACGAUGAAGAGAAAUGGGAUGCUCUACAGGGCAUUCUCUCCGCUUUUCUGGAGGAAGACACGCUUGAGGAGGUUUGUCAGCAGAUCUUAAAACAGUGGACUGAGUGCUGCAGCAGAUCUAAAGCAAAGGGGAAUCAGGCAGAUGAUGAGGUUCAGGCCAUUGCCAGUAUGAUAGAGAAGCAGGCACAGAUUGUAGUCAAACAGAAGGAGGUGUCAGAGGAGGCCAGGAAAAGAAAAGAGGCUUUGCUAGCCCAGUAUGCUAAUGUCACGGAUGUGGAGGAUGAAGAUGAGGAGGAGGAGCAAACUGCUGUGGCAAUACCCAGCGAGAAAUCCCUUUUCAAAAACACCAACGUAGAGGAUGUUCUGAACCGUUGCAAGCAUCAGCGUGAGCAGGCCAAAGAGGACGCACAAAAGAAGAAGGAACAAGACAAGAUGCAACGUGAGAAAGACAAACUGGCCAAGCAGGACCGCAAGGACAAAGAGAAGAAACGCACACAGAAGGGAGAGCGCAAGAGAUAGAGAGGAAAUGCAUCCAAGAAAACUAUACAAUAAGGUUCUUUACAAAAGAGGUUGGGAGAAAAUAUAAUGCAACCUCAUCUGACGAUGUAUGCACCCAUAUCUCGGUCCAAUAUUGUUUACUGAAUGAUAAAAGAAGGUCUAAUGUGAAUUUUGUUGGCUUGUACAAAACCAAUUACAAACCAGCAACUGGGUGAAAACUGUAUCAAUUCAACCCAUUCAUUUAUUAGGGGUGAUGACUGCUGUGCUAAAUGUUUUAACAUUAACCAGCAGGUAACCAUACAUACUUGUUUCUAAAAUCAGCAUAAAACUGCUUUUUGCCUUGACAGACUUUCAGAUGUCCUGUGAACAUGUUUAUUUUUUUAUGAGAUAUUUUCUGCAGACUGCUUUUCAGUAGCACUCCAAUGAUUUUUAAUACACAGUAACCCACGACACGGGAAGCAUGCAGAAAAAAUAUUUAUUUAGCUCAAAAGCAUUUUCAAAGCAGCGUGAAACUAUUGGAAGCCUUCUUGUCAUGUUGCAAUAUAUGGAGAGGGCUCAGAGACAACCCAAAGACAGAGAAACAAUUUUGUGGGGGAAUAUAUCGACAUGUUUUUUGUACAGUUAAAUGUCCCACAAACAGCUCGUGGUGGAUGUUUGUGUCUCAGUUCUGUGGUUUAUUUUUAUGAUGUUAGCUUUGCAGGACAGUAAACGUGUCUGAUGUCCUAUUAGGCAAGUGAGAAGGGUGUGUGUGUGUGCAUGUACAUUUUAUAUAUAUAUAUAUAUAUAUAUAUAUAUAUAUAUAUAUAUAUAUAUAUAUAUAUAUAUAUAUAUAUACAAUUGACAACUGUUCAUUUGAAGCUGCUACAUAUUGUGCCAAUAACUUUUGCAUUCUCAUGUACUGUUGGGCUGCACUGUAAGCAAACUUAUCUUUAUAUCUAUAGUGGCUAAUAACUCAUAACAUCAGAUGAUUCAAGCCCUCUUUUAUUAGAGCUACAGUAUUUUAAAAUUUAGUAUGCUAAAGCAUCCCAAAAUUGGGACAAUAAAUUAGAGUUGUGUAAAUGAACAUUUGUGUUCACUGUUGACUGAUGUGACCAGAUAAAGACAGUCAAAAAAGUUAGAUUUGUAAUCAUCUACUCAGCCGCAUGUUCUUUCAAAUCUAUAUGCCUUUCUUUCUUACAUGGAACAAAUAUGGCAUAAAUGUUAGGCAUAAUGACAGCCUCGUCACCAUUCACUUUCACUGCAUAUUUUUUUUUUUCAUACAAGUGAAUGGUGACUGAGGCAAAUAUUCUGUCUAACUGUCAUUUGGUGUUCCUCGGAUGAAUGAAAGGCAUAUAGAUUUUAAAUAAAGUGGAUGAGUAAGUGAUUACAAUUACAUUUUUUUAAAUAAUAGAAUUUCAUUUUUGGGUGAACUAUGCCUUUAACAUGAGUCACGGAGAACGUAGUUUUGUUUUUAAACACUUUAAGGAACUUUAAAAGAGCAGUUUUUACAUGAUGUGUUAUACAGCAAAUGCAAAUAAAAACCGCAGCUAAAACUUUUUGAGUUGGUAAAUUAUCCGGUCCUGCCAGCCUAUCCCACAUUUUACAUCUGACCUGUAGAACUAGAAACCGCAGAAACUACACUAUGCUUGUCAAAUUUUCAGUGUCCCUCCUGAUUGCUUGAAAGCUGUUAAUCAUUUUGAUUAGAAGAUCUUUUAUACAUGCAAUAAGAGCUUGAAAUGGAGCUCUGACUCUAGAAUACUGGAGCAAUUGUUCAACAUUUUAAUUCCAUCUUUCCAAACAAUGCAUACAUAUAUCUCACCCUAUUAAAUGUUGUAAGGUUAAAUCUGACUAUCUACCAUGUCCAGGGGUGAAACAGGAGUAACUUCCAAAUUAUUUUAAUGCGUAAAAAAUCUGAUAGUUAGAUAACCUCUGCAAUAAUGUUUAAAGGGUUAGUUUGCCCAAAAAUGAAAAUUCUCUCAUCAUUUACUCAACCUUGUGCCACCCCAGAUGUGUUUGACUUUCUUCUGCUGAACAUAAUCAAAUAUUUUUUUUAAAGUAUAUCUCAGCUCUUUAGGUCCAUACAAUGCAAGUGAAUGGGUGCCAAAAUUUUGAGCUCCAAAAUCCACAUAAUGGCAAAAUAAAAGUACUGCAGAUGACUCUUGUGGUUAAAUCCAUAUAUUCUGAAGCGAUAUGAUAGGUGAUAAACAGAUCAAUAUUUAAGUCCUUUUUUCCCUUCCCAGUCAAUUUCCACUUUCACUUUCUCAUUCUUCUUCUGUUUUUGGUGAUUCACAUCCUUCUUGCAUAUCACCCCCUGAUGGGCAGGGAGGAGCAUGUAUGACAAAAAAAUGACUUAAAUGUUGAUCUGUUUCUCACCCACACAUAUCAUGUCUGAACACAUGGAUUUAACCACUGUCAUUUGAAUUACUUUUAUGCUCCCUUUAUGUGGAUUUUGGAGUUUCAAAAAUUUGGCACCGAUUCACUUGCAUUGUAUGGAUAGAAAAUCUUCAUUUUUGUUCUGCAGAAGAAAAAGUCAUACACAUCUGGGAUUGCAUGAGGGUGAGUAUAUCAUGAGAGAAUGUUCAUUUUUGGGUGACCUAUCCCUUUAUUGUACUGUAAGGUCUGAGCCUUGACCGAUUGACUAGAUAUUAGUGGGCUUUCAAGGGAAAAUGAAAGUUACUAGAUAAAUGCUUAGGAUGGAAUGAGAGUGAGAAAAAUGUUUACAAAUGGCUUUAAAAAAAUCAGCCAAUUAUUUUUUUUAGGAAAGUUGAUGACACAACUCUGUUAUAAACUACAAUAUUCCCAGUAAACAGUUUAAUAUUCAAAUGAGCUACAUAUUUACUGCAGCUCUACUGAAUGAUGUUUUUGCAAACGAUUCAUUUUAUACAGACCAGGGUCUGCUUUUUUAAUUAAUGUGCAUUUAUUAACAGUGUAUUUUGAAUCAAUAUUUAAGUAAAUAAACAGUAGUUUUACA